CAUACUCACGCAAACAGUAUUGUAAAUAAAAUACAGUAGACGAGAGGAAUGUAGAAAUGCAAAGAAAUUGAUGACUGGUGCAUCACCGAGCUAGAAAAUUAUUAUUUAAGUCAUUGGAAAUAUAAUAGCAUUAUAUUUUAGUUAUUUAUUUUCUUUGCAAACACUGAACACUAGCGUAAACAUUGGUGAUCAAUCAAUUUGUUAGCGAAGUUAGGGUUUUUGGAACAUCGUUGCUGAUUGAAGAAGAAAACGAUCAAAGAAAUGGAAACUUGCGGUUUUCACGACGGCAAUAUUUUUAAUUUUCUGGAGACUAGAUAUUAUGAUGCAGCUCGUCAUGAUAUUAAUCGCAGUUUACAAAUGCAUUCCUCACUGGUUAAAAGACUCUCUCAGGAAAGGGAAUUGCAGGGGCAUCAGGGUUGUGUCAAUUCUGUAGCAUGGAAUUCUACUGGUUCACUCUUGAUUUCUGGUUCAGAUGAUACUCGGAUGAACAUAUGGAGCUAUAGUGGUCGAAAGCUUUUGCAUUCUAUAGAAACUGGGCAUUCUGCAAACAUUUUCUGCGCAAAAUUUAUCCCUGAAACUUCCGAUGAGCUUGUGGUGUCUGGAGCUGGAGAUGCAGAAGUUCGGCUGUUUAACUUAUCUCGUUUAAGUGGAAGAGGGCUAGACGACAAUGUCAUUCCCCCGUUAGCGUUGUUUCAAUGUCACAGUAAAAGAGUAAAAAAACUAGCGGUUGAAGUUGGAAACCCCAAUAUGGUUUGGAGUGCAAGUGAAGAUGGGACACUUAGACAGCAUGACCUUCGGGAGGGUUCUUCUUGUCCGCCAGCUGGAUCUUCUCCCCAAGAGUGUCGCAAUGUUUUGCUUGACUUGCGAUAUGGCGCGAAGAGGUCACUAGCUGAUCCUCCUAAACUGACCCUUGCUUUAAAAUCUUGUGACAUCAGUGCCAGUCGGCCUCAUUUGCUCCUAGUUGGUGGGAGUGAUGCCUUUGCUCGUCUUUAUGAUAGACGAAUGCUUCCUCCUUUGACUUCCUGUCGCAAAAGGAUGUCACCGCCACCUUGUGUUAACUAUUUUUGCCCCAUGCAUCUUUCUGAACGAGGACGCUCUGGUUUGCACCUAACUCAUGUUACAUUUAGUCCAAGUGGAGAUGAGGUUCUACUUAGCUAUAGCGGAGAGCAUGUUUACCUCAUGAAUGUAAAUCAUGCUGGAGGGAGUGGUAUGCAAUAUACUACAGGAGAUGCUUCAAAACUGAUGUCCUUCACCCCUAUCCUCAAUGGGUUAGAAUUGCAACCACCGCAAUCAGAUGCAUAUAAAAGCAGCUUUCGUUUUAGAAACAAUGUUGCUUCCACGAUUAAAAAAUGCAGGAAGCUGCUUCAGUUUGCUGAUAAAUGCUUAGAGGAGGGUGAAAAUAUUUUCAAUGGCAUUGAAGCAUGCAAUGAAGUUUUGGAUGGGCAUGGUCAUGAUAUUAGUCCUGCGUUAAGGCAUGACUGCCUCUGUACACGUGCAUCCUUGCUGCUUAAGCGCAAGUGGAAAAAUGAUGUUCAUAUGGCCAUAAGAGAUUGCUACGGUGCUCGUAGAAUAGACAACUCUUCGUUUAGAGCCCUUUAUUACACUUCUGAGGCUUUCUCGCUGUUGGGAAAACAUAAAGAAGCUCUUGACUUUGCUGUUGCUGCACAAUCUGUGGCCUCAUCUAAUAGUGAAAUCACAGAAUGGCUGGAGAACAUGAAAAAGAACCUUGCUCAAGCUGAAGCUGAAAGGGCUAACAAGGCUAAUGAUGGCGUUCCAAGGUCUGAAUCUCGAAGUGGAAGAGCAUUGUCAUUAAGUGACAUACUGUACCGCUCAGAGGCUACCAGUGAUGCUUCACAAGAUGGGCCGACUGAAAGAGAAGAUUCCGACUAUGAUGAGGAAUUGGAGUUGGACUUUGAAACAUCAAUAUCUGGUGAUGAAGAGCGUGAUAUUGAACCCAAUACUCUUCAUGGAAGCUUAAAUCUGAGAAUUCACCGAAGAGGUGAUUCAAGUAGGGAAACAAGCUGUACAAAUGGCUCCUGCGGGUCACCUUCAUCAUCACAUUAUGAUCGGACGCCUUAUCAGCCAGAGACGGUCAUUGAUAUGAAGCAAAGAUUUAUUGGCCACUGUAACGUUGGAACUGACAUAAAACAGGCCAGCUUUCUGGGUGAGAGAGGAGAAUAUGUGGCCAGUGGAAGUGAUGAUGGUAGAUGGUUUAUUUGGGAAAAACAAACCGGCAGACUUAUAAAAGUGCUUCUUGGAGAUGAAGCUGUUGUGAACUGUGUGCAGUGCCAUCCAUUUGAUUGUGCCGUGGCAACAAGUGGGAUUGAUAACACAAUAAAAAUUUGGACCCCAACUGCUUCUGUGCCAUCAAUUGUGGAUGGAGGAUCAGCUGGACCUGAAACUUCUAAUGUGUUGGAGGCCAUGGAUAGCAAUCAGCGUAGACUAAGCCAUAAUCGUGAAGUCAUCCUUUGCAGCCCUUUUGAACUACUGGAGCGUUUUCGGAUGCACGAAUUUACGGAAGGAACUUUGCACCCUCUUGAGUGUGCUCAGACCUAAUCAUGAUCUUGUUGAAGCAUCCAAUAUCAUGUGGUGAAUUAUAAAUGGUGCAGUAUGUGUAUAUGCUUUUGUAAAAUUUUGAAUAUAAAGGCAGGUAGUGGGGCAGUAGGAAAUUAGUUUACCAUGUAAAGCCUUUUGGGUCCCUAAAAAUAAGUUAAAUUCUGAAUAAAGCACUGCCAUUGUGAAAUCAUUUUAUAGAGCCUCUUUGUAACUUUUUUUUCUCUGUUGAGAAUUUGUUAAUAUUUAUAUGUAUAUAUGUCAAUAAAGUGCCAUGUACAGAUGAUAUUUUGUUAUAUUAUUGAUAUUGUGAUUU